CUCCUCACUCCGACUCCACCUCCUUCCUCCCGCUCCUCCCGCCACCUCCUCUGGCCGCUCCCUCCUGCUCCUCUCGCCGGCUCCUCACUCCACCUCCUUCCUCCCGCUCCUCCCGCCGGCUCCUCCCGGGGCGGGCGCUCCGGCCGUGGCCGUGUCAGCCCAGCCACGGCAGCAGCGAGCAUGUCCUCCAGUAGGGCCAAGAAAGUGAAGAUGGCCACCAAGUCCUGCCCCGAGUGCGACCAGCAGGUUCCUGUUGCAUGUAAAUCAUGUCCCUGUGGCUACAUAUUUAUCAGCCGAAAACUCUUGCACGCCAAACGUGCUGAGAGAUCCCCACCCAUCACAGAAAACAAGAGUGAGGCCAAAAGGAGGCGGACAGAGAGAGUUAAGCGAGAGAAGAUCAAUUCUGCAGUGAGUAAAGACUUAGAAAACCGCAAGAGAUCCAGGUCCAACAGCCAUUCAGACCACAGCAGACGAGGAAGAGGAAGGCCUAAGAGUGCCUCAGCAAAAAAGCACGAGGAAGAAAGAGAGAAACAAGAAAAAGAAGUUGACAUGUAUGCUAACCUUUCAGAUGAAAAGGCCUUCGUAUUUUCAGUGGCCUUGGCGGAAAUAAACAGAAAAAUUAUCAAUCAAAGACUUAUUCUGUAACUUGUGAGCACAAUCUGAUGCAGUUUUAUGCAGGAUGGCUAGCAGAUUUCCAAGGUGCCAUGGACUCUCGGAAAGUGUGUUGUCUGCACCAACAAGGACCAUAGCAUUUCCUGUUAAAAAUUCUACUCCUGUUCUUGGAAAUCCAAUUCUGUCUCUACAAAUCAGAAAGAAAGUGGUCACGAGAUUGUGCUGUGAAAAAUCAGAAAGCAGAUAUGUUUCAUGCCUUGAAGACAAAUGCACAGAGAGACUGCACCCAUUCCAGAGCACUUCUUUUGAAUUUGCUGCCAGAAAUGCAAUAUUUUAAAUAUUUUCAGAAAUAAAUGAUUUUCCUUUAAAAUUAUAUAUUUCAGAUUUUGAAGCUAUAUUGCAGUUUACGUAUGUACAGUUCACAUAACUUUUUAAUAAAUUGAUAUUCCAAUAUUUU